AACAGAGUGAUGGCGGCCACCGCGGCGGUCCGGUCGAGCAUGGGGCUGACUUUGAGACUUUCUCGUGUUAUUCCGGACUGUAGCACCUGUCCUAUCUACAGGUUAAAGAGCUGCGUGGGUACCGUGGGUAAACUACAAAGCAGGGGUCCCCUUGACAACUUUAAGACGAUAAAUCGACACUUGCAGACGAGUAUAGGUCUUCAUCACGGCGAGGAAGGGAGCCCCAAUGCAGAAGACCAAGAGGAUGUGGUGAAUGUGGUGUAUAUAGAUCGGUCUGGCAAAAGGAUUCCAGUAAAAGCUAAAGUGGGAGAUAAUGUCCUGAACCUGGCUCACAGGCAUGGGAUUGAACUAGAAGGAGCCUGUGAGGCAUCACUGGCCUGCUCAACAUGUCAGGUGUAUGUGAGUGCAGCCCAUUUUGACAAACUGCCAGAACCUGAUGAGAGGGAGGAUGACAUGCUGGACAUGGCACCCAUGCUACAGGAGAACUCCAGGCUGGGGUGUCAGAUCUGUCUCACUCCGGAGCUGGAGGGCAUGGAGCUCACCUUGCCCAAAGUUACCAGGAACUUUUAUGUGGAUGGGCAUGUUCCCAAACCUCACUGAGAAGAGGUGCAGAUGAUGAGAGUUUGGGGGAAAAAGAGAGAGUAGCACUGCAAGUGAGACACCAUGCGUGCUGGUUGAGUUAAGGGGCGACAAUGAAGAGAUGCACGGCUAGGAUAGCAAAGUCCGUUGCAGCUUCCAAGACGCCUUGACAACUGACAAAUUCCACAGUUAACCAUAACAGGACCAGCCUGCAGAUGAGAUCAGGCAUAGCCAGACACAAUACGAGUCUCACUGAAGGUGAAAUUAAUGGUAACUUCCAAAGAAACACAUGGUGGUAUAACAGAGGAUGUAUUUAUUCAUGUGAAGAGUUCUCAGGCCAGCACUGACACUGUUCAACCUCACAGCUGCUCUUGUUACAAUACCAGACCACUUUACAGGCAUAAUCUUGUUUCAGACAUUGCAAGUUUUAACAGAGUUAUUAUUUGUGCCGUUCAAUGGAACAUUCCUUGUUAAAGCUCACAUACGCACAAGUAUCACAAGAUUAUGUUCGUAGUAUAUUUCUGCCAGUUCAUUAUUGUCAUCUUGAUUCACUUGCCAGCCACUGCAUGCACAAUCUUUAUUUUCAUUUUAACUACCAAGUUAAUUUGUAAGUGUUGUGAUUUAUCGAUGAGUACCAGAUGACCAUACUUUUUCAAAAGUCUUAAACCUCACAAAUUAUGACGGAGGACUAGGGCCAUAUUAAGGAAAAAAAAUAAGACUGCAAGAAUAAAGUCGUAGUAUUCUGAGAUGAAAGUCGUAAUACUUGGAGAAUAAAGUCCUAAUGUUACAAGAAUUAGGAUUAAUUGUAUGUGAAAUAAGUUUUAUUACAGGUAAGAUUUAAUCUAGAUAUAGGCUGAAAUAUUAUAUAGAAGAAUAUCAAAAGAUCAGCCAGCUGGCUGCACUGAACAGAUGGAUGUGGAUCAUCUUGUGAAGUUGAUGCAGAAGCAAACACAAGCUGCCUUUUAGCUUGUCUGUCUUCAUAUCAGGCUCAGAAUCCUGACACUUAUGACACUGGGUUUGUGAUGUGCUAAAAAAAAAAGUAAAAAGUAUUAUUUGCAGGCUGCUCUUCUGAUAUAUCUCUUCAAAAUAGCAUACAGUUUAAUUAUAGCCUAAGUUUGACUUAAUUCUCAAAAUAUUUAUGAACUAAUUCUUGUAAUAUGGUGCCUUAUUCUGGUAACAAUACGACUUAAAUCUCAAAAUAUACACUUUUUCUAUAAGGUGGCCUUAAUACUCUGAAUUAUAAACUUCAGCCUGACACAGAAGCAGCCAUAUUUUAUCGAAAUGUGUAUUUGAAAAACCGAACAUGCCUGAGGCUAAAGAGUAGGGCUUCACAAAUGAUAAUUUAAGCUGUUCAACAUUCACUUUAAACAUUUCAAAACAUGCAUUGUUAAAUUGUGUGUUAAGUGUCAGAAAGAGAGUGCAUUUUAAAGAACUCCCUGUCUGAUGCCAGUGAUGAAGGCUUAAUUGGUUGAUCUGGUUCAGGUGAGCUUUGAUCCAGAUCAGGUGAAGAUGAGUUCGUUAUGAAGCUGGUGGGCUUAACGUUGCCAUGUGAUGAGUUUACCACCAUCUACUCUGUUCUUAAGUCUACUGUACUUGUCCAACUUACACAGGAAUAUUAGUGUAUCAUGUAUCAGAAAUGAUAAAUAUUUAAAGUUGUGCAAUAAAAUCAAUUUUAAGA